GUCAUAAUGGUGCUUAAAUUCACAUCAAAUUCGCUGAUUUUUUUCAUUUUUUUUAAUCAUAUAUGACAUUCAUAGCAGCUGGAAAGUCGUUUCUGUUUAUAAUUUUGUUUUAUUUAUUGUACAUUCGGUUUGUAUUGUUUUGCUUUUCAUUUGUCAAAACGAUCAAAUCAUCGAUCAAUGUAAUACACUUGCCAAACCUUGGUGGUAGAAGAGUCAAUUUGUUAAAUGUGUACAUUGAAGAAUGAUAUAAUCAAGCGACAUCACAAGCCAGAUUGGACAAAUUGAUUUGUGUGCAUGUGAAAGCCAGUGAGCGAGAGAGAAAUGUUAUCGCGAAAAAGCAAAGACAAAACCAUAAAAGAAGGCGUUGUGGGCAAAUAUGUCAAAAAGGAAACACCACCAGAAAUACCGAUUAUAAAUGUAUGGACGAUCGAUGCAAAUAAAAAUAAGUCGAAAAAUCGUCGGAAUAGUCAACAAAUUGGCGGUGACAAAGAUACAAACAUAAAUACCGAUGAUAAUAUUAUUCAAGCGACCAGCCAGAAAUUCGGUAACAAUGGAAAAAUUAAUGUUAAAAAGUCUAGUUUGGGCCAUGAAGGAAAAUACACACCAAAAUUUGUUAACACAUCGACUGAGAUGAACCGAAAUAUUGGGUCAUCGUUACACUUUAGCCCAUCAAGUGAUAUGGAAAAUACGCCAAGUCGAAAGAUAUCAUCACAAUCAGCAAGCGGUGUUUUAUUGAAUACAUCGAAUCACAUGAAUUUAAAUCUUAAUUUAAAUAAUAGCCAUGGAAAUUAUGUAGAUAUCGAUCAAAUCGAUCAAAUGCGACAACCAGAUUCACCAUUCUCACAAUAUGACCUAUCAAAAUUUCAACGAAACUAUUCAAUGAACCAAAAUCAUCAGCACACAUUCGAAAAUCAUUUUGGUUUGAUGCAAACAUAUUCGGGAAAUAAUUUAGCCGAUUCUUCACCAUUUACAAAGCAGUACUCAACAGCACGUAAAGAUCUCCAGGCAAGACAUGUGGUCACACCAUUAUCAUCAAGCUCAUUACCAAAGACGACCAAUUACUUGCUCGACAAUUCGCCAAUUUAUGAAAAUCAACAGCAAAUCGCACGAUCAGAGUCACCAAUUUACAGCAACACAAAUUCAAGUUUGAUGUCAUUGUAUCCAUCCGAACCGGGAAGCUCACAUCAUGGCUCACAUCAACCAUUGCGCAAUCAAUCUUCAAUUAGCUCAAAUUAUCCGCACAGCACUAACUCGUCAGAAUUGAUUCAACAUCAACAAAAUAACAUUUACUCAAAUAUUAUGGCAAACGAUAUGCCAUUAUACUCAAAUGUUCGAUCGUCAGCCUACGAUAUGGCCAAUUGGAAAUCAACAAAUACAUCACAAUCAAUACAGCAUCCAAGCUCAUCGGCCCAAAUACAAGACGAAGAAUUACCAUUACCGCCCGGUUGGUCCGUUGAUUACACAUUACGCGGUCGCAAAUAUUAUAUCGAUCACAAUGCAAAAACAACACAUUGGUCUCAUCCCCUAGAACGAGAAGGUUUACCGGUUGGUUGGCAAUGCAUCGAUUCACCACAAUAUGGAAUCUACUACGUUAAUCACAUCACACGACAAGCACAAUACAAUCAUCCAUGCUAUACCUCAUGCUAUUUGUAUACAACAAGCGAUCGUGCAAAGCCAGAUCGUAUUAUACCGGGGCCAACUCACACACAAUUUACACCGCACAGUGCCUUAGUGCCGGCCAAUCCUUAUUUGCUGGAAGAAAUUCCAGCAUGGCUUCUUAUUUACGUUGACGCCGAUCCAGCUACCGAUCACAAAUUGAAAUGGGAUAUGUUCAAGUUAUCCGAGUUGGAGUGCUUUGACAGCAUGAUGUUUCGCAUGUUUAAACAAGAAAUGGAGAUGCUUAUAUCACGUUAUGAAGCAUAUCGGCAAUUAUUGAACAACGAAAUAAGACGACGACUACAGGAAGAACAAAAAAUGCAACAAGAUAGUGAACGAGCACAAAUUCAAGAGCUGGACAAUAAUCAUCAACAUCCGGAACGGAAAUCAUAGAUUUAAAGUACACACAAAUACAAUACACACGAUUCCAAACCUUGAUUUGAGUAUUUUGUUUUUAA